CCGGCCAGAUGAGUUUGGUUCCGGCCAUGUCCGACUUUGCAGGUCCCAAGGCCUCUCCUGAGCCAAGCUCGACCCGCCUGAAUCCCUUCGACGACAGCGACAUCUCGUCCCGCAAGCGCCGGCGCACAUCCGUCUCAGCCUCAGGCUCGCCUUCGGCCUCGGUCGAGACGGCUGUCUAUAUGUCAGACUCCAGCUCCAGCCCCUACUACACCACCGUCAACGCCAUGCCUCCUCCUCUGGACGGGACCGUCAAGCCCAGCCCCGACUCCAAUGAGCCUCGCACCCCGCCCCCGACCGUCGACUCGCCCACCAUCCCUCCCGAUCCUCCUCUGUCGAACCGAGUCACCAUCAAUCUGAGGAACCCGUCGUCGAGGGCCUCCACAGCCUCGCCCACCCGUCCUGCCCGCGAGCCAUUCCUAUACUCUCCAUCCGCCGACAAAGCCAAGAAGAGCGUCGAGGAAGCUGAUCCCCCUUCCGACGCAGACCUAGAAACGCCGCCCCCGGCCUGGCGUGCGUCCCUCAGCCCGCCCACGGAAGACCUGUUCCCCGGAGACCAAGAUAUGCCGGAUGAGACGGCCAUCGAACCUAAAUCCGACAGGCCCAGCCCAGAAGCCGGUAGUGAUGCUACUCCGCUGGUAGAUCCCACCACACGCUUUCCUUACCAUGAGUCUGAUAAGCCAUUGUCUGAGACUGCGAGUCGCCUACGCCAAUUCCUAUUAGAUGAUCUUUCCGUGGAAGCAGAAGCAGACAUCUACGACCAGAUCCGAUUGUGGGCGGACCUGUUUGUCGCGUUUGCAAAGACGGCGAGCCCAGCGGAAAUCCUCGAGUCGGUGCAUACCAACGCAGCCUUCUGGCAGACUUUCCUGGGUGUUUCCGCAAUCAUUGCGGACGAAAACUCUCCCUCUUCGGCUCGUCCAAGGGUGUCACCCAUACAGACAUUGGCGCUCCUGUUUUCGCAGUCCUUCGCUGCGCUCACGGCGCAGCUCGUCAUCGUCGACUACCACUCCGUCACCGACUGGCAAGCCAGCGGACCGUCGCCAAAUCCUGCGGGUCCGCUGUUGAUUUCUCCUGGCUAUCUUCGACAGCUGCACCAAUUGAUACAGUUUGGUUCGGUGAGCGACUCUCUCCUGGCUAAUCCCAAUGGGAUAGAUCGACCAAACCUCGCCAUAUGCUUCGCAGACGGGCUGUAUUCCUUUACCGGAGGCGGGUUUGAGUCUCUUUGCACCCUUUUGACCAGUCUAGCCGAAGUCGUGCGGACAGUCCCGAACCUCGUAAACAUCCUCACGCCUAUAGCACAGGUACUCACGGAUUGUCUGUACGAGUCCUCGCGGGCUAUCCUUGCCGGCACGGACAAUGCGUCGGACUUUGCUCCACAUCUGAGCGCGGCCUACCGCACUUGGACCUUCUUGUCGUCCCUCUUGACAGGAAUCAUUGAAAAGCAUGUGGGAACCUUGAGCAGCGAAGGUGUUUCUUUGCAAAUUAUAGCAUUGUCAGAUAUGCUCCGGUUAUGCCUCCAGUGUGAUCACGACCAAACUAUUCCACUACUCAGAGAGCAUCGGGCAAAAUACCCUGACCUCGCCGGAGCCCGGACUCUCGAUGCCAUCACAUGGGAAUGGAAGGUGGACAUCCUUGGGAGGCUGAUUCGAUCCAGUCAGCUGCAGCUGCGGGUGAUGGCAGCUACCACCAUGUGCAACGAGCUCGUCGCUGCCUGGAAGCGAUUCGGUGUCCCUAGUGCAAGCCCAAACCCGCAAUUCACCGACUACCUGGGUCGCCAUCUCCUCCAGACGGGCUUGGUAGACUACAUCCUCGGGCCCAAUUGCCACCCAGAGCUCAUUAAUGAGAGCGCCAACAUCAUCGGAUACCUGGUAGUCACCAAGAUGUACGACAAGGCCCAUACCGAGCGUCUAUGGCAGCGACUCACCGAGAGUCAGGACCCUCGGAUAGAGAAAGCUGUUGCCAAGAUGGCGACGUCGAUCACGAACCUCUUCGAUUAUCCCACGCUGCUCUUUCUCUGUGAGAAGUUCCAGGCUCUUCCGAUGAAAGACUUCAACCAGACGCUGAAGAAUUACUGGGCAGUCGUCCACCACGAGCUUAUGAUGCGGUGCAAAACGGAGGGCAUUACGCUUGGCUUCCUUCCAUACGACCUCUGUUUGAGAUUGCUGAGGGAGGCGUUUCUCCACUCAACCACUUUCCAGAUGUACAUCCCAGAUGCGCAAAUAAAAGCAGCAACGGAAAAGCUGAAAGGCUUGCUCUUCUAUGGUCCGGACAGCGAGGGUCGUCAGGAGUUAUAUGCAAGCUGCAUCAAAGACAUUGCAGCAAAAUCUCCAACUACCUUGGGGAGCCUAUGUUGUUUGACCAUUACCAUCCGUCCGAAUAUGGCUGAUGAGAUGAACUUUCUGAUCGAAAAGCAUGACUUGGUGCGGCUGCUGGUGGAAGAGCUGGAGCAUGCCAUUCAGUCGACAAGGUCUGCCGGUAUCCGUCCGGUGUUUUUCGGACAGGUCAAUCAUCCGAGGAAAGACUUCAUUGCAAAUCUCAUCCGCCUCCGACCGGACGCAAUAUCCGAAGACUUGGGCAGGAAACUUUUGGACCUGCUUGUCGGGCCAGCCAGUCUUUGCGAAGAGGAUAGGAAUACGGCUUGGGAGAUCUUCAUGGACUUUACUCUUGGCAUGGCGUUUGAGAAUCCGUUUCUGCGACUUUGCUUUUCCCGGUACCUGCCGGAGCUCCCUUCUUCCUGCUUCUGCAAGGGAUUGCUUAAUUUCAUCAAGAAAAUAAUUGCAGAGGACGGGAUUCACAGCUUGGCCGUUGGCGUCUACCUAGAAAGCCACGCCAUCAAAACGUAUUCGUUUGAUCGGGCUCGUCGGGUUCGCUCAACCUUUGUCGAGCGCUGCCUGAACCAACUAAGCGUCUCCGCGAGCAAGAUUAAGGCGUCGAGCGAUGGGACAUCAAGCGGCGAAGACGAGCCGAUGGUGAUUGUCGCAACCGAAGACGAGAUACAGGAGCAGGAACGCGUCUUCACCCGAACACUGCAGCUUCUCAGAGUAUUCGUUCAGGCUCACUUUGCGAUUCCUACCCUGAGCGCUCCCGAUUUCCGACCAUACUUCCAGGAGCAGCUAUAUCAAGUUGAAGGCGAGCUUUUGCCGCUCAAGUACCAGACUUUUGACAGUGGUCCAAAGACAGAAGUGAAGCCAUUGCGCAUUGGGAAGCUGAACACGGCUGCUGCUCUGAUAUCCAACCUGCGGCACGAGACUGGUUUCAGCAACUUCCGCAUCAUUUACAAAGGGCGGCAAUUCCUUCCCUUAAUGGAGCAGAUAGCCCAAUCUUUAGAGAGUUUACAGGUCGAAGACGGCAUAAUGUUGGUAAUACGCGAAGGAGACGACAAUGCAAAUUCCACUCGGAUCCAGCACGGCGCAUCCCCACUAGAGAUUGGAAUCCUGUCGCGUUUCCCAGAGCUCUGGAGCUAUCUCAGUAUGGAAGACAAGAUUGCGAGUGAGGUCUUUCGCCUUCUCGUCGAUCUUCCCGUUGACGGCCAUAUCAUCGACUUGUUGGAGAGUCAAACCACCGUGUACACCGAUCUUUUCCCGCCUGGGCAGCCUUAUAAAACCCUCUAUGCGAUUGGAGCUCUUUCCAAGUACCUUGAGCCCGUUCGCUCGAAAGAGUCUACUAAUGAUGAAGACUCUGGUGGCGACGACCAUGGAUUCCGUCAGAUCCCAAACGAAGAAGUGUUAAGAUCAUGUCUUUCUUUAAUUGUACAGGCCAUCUCUGACGAGACCUUUCUACAUCAAAUCAGCUCCAGAUUAAGCAUCCAGGUCAUGGAGGCCUUAAUGCAGACCUUUGUAACACUCCUACACACCAUUCAGCCGUCAGCGGAAACGUCUGUUACGUAUCCGAGCGCAGGUCGCCUCGUUUCUAUAUUGGCAGACGCAGGGAUGGCCAGGGAAGAUGAGGCUUCACUGUCUUUGAUCGAAAACACGUUAUUAGCCAUAUUACGGCUAUGUCUGUCGCAGAGCGCGUUCAUGGAGAGCGUUGCGAAUCAUUCGGCGUUCGGAAAUGUCCUCCAUGACUUAAUCCUUUGGGACUCUCGCCCACAGCUCAGAAGCCGUGUUGUUAACAUGAUCAGAACGGCGGCAGAAUCAGAAGAGCUCUCUGUCAAUGGUCCUGAAUCAGUCUUGCCAGAAGAGGAGGAUGUUGGAGGACUGGCAUAUCCGCUGACGCGCUACUUUUGGUCUACUACCUCGGCCCUUCUCCCAGAGGUAAUCGGCAACCAAAGUCGGUGCCAGGAAUUGCUUGACGUGCUUGAGUACUUAUUCUGCAGAAUGAGCCUCAUCAUGCCUUCCGAAGUGGAUAUCACAGCUUUCGCCAGACAUGUUUGUGAACUGCUCCUUAGUCACACCUCGACUGAGCGGCUCGACAAGCCGGAAUCGCAGGAUUACGCUGCAGCUGGUCUAUCAUCUCUUCUGCUCAGGUGCCUACAGCUGGAUAGCACUCUACCCUCCUCUCCGUCCCUUCCAGACAAUCUUGCCGAGGUCUUGUUCCAGAGCCACCUUUUCCCGCAGCGCCGAGUUGAGCCAGCGCAGCCGGUGCCAAGGGUGGUGUUGAGGACGGACACGCGCGCGAGGCUGUACGAAGCGAUAUUCGCCUUCACAAAAGACUACCCCAGUCGAUUUUGGGCGAUCCUCCAACACCUCAACUCCCUCGUCCCCUAUUUCGCAGACGAGGAUGAUGGCCUCGAUCCGUACAUAUACGAUUUGCCCUACAAUUUCAACCGCAACCAAGCCAUAAGAUCGCACGGCUACGUGGGCCUGCAGAAUCUUUCCAACACGUGCUAUCUCAACUCACUUCUCACCCAGCUCUUCAUGAACACUAGGUUUCGCCAAUUCGUGCUUGAGUUCAACAUACAGGAUCCAAGCCACUCCCAGCAACUGCUGUUCCAUAUGCAGAAACUCUUUGGUUUCAUGCAGGAAAGCUACCGCCGUUGUGUCGAUCCUACAGAUCUGGUCAGCUCUAUCAAGACAUAUGAAGACGCCAUGAUAGACAUCCACAACCAGAUGGACGUGGAAGAGUUUUAUAGUCUGCUGUUUGACCGAUUGGAAAGCCAGUCAAUGACGGAAAGUGAAAGGAAAAAGCUACGGUCCAUCUAUGGUGGACAGCUCGUCCAGCAGAUCAAGUCAAAGGAGUGUGAGCAUGUUUCUGAGCGACUCGAGCCAUUUUCGGCCAUCCAGUGCGACAUCAACGGGAAGAAGACGCUCCAAGAAAGCCUCCAAGCUUACGUUGACGGAGAGGUCUUGGAAGGUGAUAACAAGUACAAAUGCUCGUCCUGCGACCAACAUGUCGAUGCUGUGAAGAGGACAUGCUUGAAAGACUUGCCCGACAAUCUGAUAUUCCAUCUGAAACGGUUCGACUUCAACGUCCGUACACAGCAACGGUGCAAAGUAAACGACCAUUUUGUAUUUCCGCCGAGCAUCGACAUGCGCCCGUACACAAUCGACUAUCUCAGCGAUCCAACAAAGGAUACGAGUUCGCGCGACGUUUUUGAGCUAGUUGGUGUCCUCGUCCACUCUGGUACGGCGGAAUCAGGCCAUUACUAUUCGUAUAUACGAGAGCGAUCGUCGACUACAGACUGUUCCAGCUGGGUAGAGUUCAAUGAUGAUACCGUAACGCCCUGGGACCCGCGUCAGAUGGCGGCGAGCACGUUUGGCGGCCCGAUUCAGCAUGGCAGCCCACACGGUCCCGACCGACAGCCUGGUGACAAGACUUACAGCGCCUACAUGCUGUUCUACCAGCGCUCCUCGUCUCUUCUCGCAGAGCAGCAGUCGAUGCCGUCUUCCCCGGAGAGCACUAUUCCUUUCCAGAUUGACACUGAUCCUCUGCUUCGAGAACACAUCCUGAACGAUAACACCGUCAUUCUCAAGCGACACUGCCUAUACGAUGCAAGUCACGCUGAGUUUGUGCAACACUGCUUCAAGCACGCAGGGCUCCUCCAGAAGAGCAUCGGUCAGGAUAGCACAGGCCAGGAACAGCAGCAGCAACCGCUUGAGGGGUCCGGCAAGGAUACAACAGCAAUGCCCGCCCACGCAUUCAAAGACCUAGCGAUGGAAAUGGCUCUCGGCCAUCUUGACCAGCUGGUGAGCCGGCAACAAGGGACGCCGAAUUUUGAGUCAUUCUCGAGCCUCAUCAGAGCAGCCGUUGUUGAGUGUGGAGACUGCGCGCUUACGUUCUUCAACUACUUCAAUACGCGUCACGAGGCGUUCAGGGGCUUGGUACAGCGCAAUCCGGAAGCCAAGAUCCGUGCCUUUGCUGGAGCCACUAUGGUUAUUGUACUGGGGAAAAUUGCCACAGAGACGCCUCAGCUCUACGAUGAACCAAGAGGCGUUGAUGAAGAUGCUCGACAUGAUGGGGAAGGCGAGUUUACGUCCAAUCCCUUGGGUCACGACGAGUCUUCUCCAAAAUCCUCUGUCUUGACCGGGGUGAUGUGCUCAUUUGACUAUCUUUGGCAACACUUCCAGUUUCAUCUCCGCUCUUGGGACGAAGUGUUUGGCAUGAUGCUCGAGUUUGCCAAACUGGGACCGCGAGAGGCGGCGCACAUGCUGGCCAACGAUUAUCUGCUCAAGCUUCUGCGCAUCGUUGCGGCCGACGUGUCUAUGGAGCUGCCGCCGAACUAUGCGAAGAUGUUGCACAGUAUCUACCGGCGAGCGGUUAACAGACCCCCGUCGUACCUAUCGAUCCUGAAUCUCAUCAACUACCUGGUUUCCCAGCUUGACCCCACCGUGGAUGCGCAGAGCAUUGUUGACGCAGCGGAGGACCGAUUGCGCUUCUGCCAGCCGCCGUUCCCCUGGACAUCGGAAGAAGUGUUCCUGAUUCACAGCUACCCAGAGCGUCAGCUGGCCAGCCUCUUUGUGGAAAAGCUACUGGGCAUCGACCAAGCCCUUGAGGCCACCCACGGCAUCCUUGGCCGCCUGACGGCAUUGUCGAACCAGAUGGACCUGAGGGUACUCAACACUCUGCGGAAAAGAAUUCAGUGUGACACGACGGAACCAAUGGAUCCAUACCUGCGAGGCGCUGGCACCUAUCUCGAACACACGCCCUCGGCUAGUAACAUAGAGCUUCUCCUGCGCCACAUCGCCGCGCAGGCUGGAAGCCUACAGAGCACAGACGAAGCCAGGGCGUUUCUAGAGACGUUCCAAACAGCGCUCAACUUGAAGAGGAGUGACGUUGAGAUGGUGCAAACCGCGGAGGCCUGCAGCCUAGAAACGCUGCCGGAUUGGGUGCCUCACCUUGUCGCCUUUCCAGAUGGCGAGGUGAGGUACGAAACCGAAUGCUUUCUGGAAAAGGAACUCUUUGGCCCUGCAGCGGACAGUUCGGACGAAGAUUCGCAGAGGCAGGAGGAAAGAGAGGGCUCACGAAUUCUCAUCCAGAGGCUGGGGAUAUCGUGUUUGCUGUAUCUUCAGGAUGAGCACAUACGCCGCCGCAAGGGUAUUGGGCGGGAGUCUGCGAGCGCCGUGGUCCGGGUGGUUGCUAGAUGCUCCUCCUAUUACAAUCCAGAGCCGGAGCCCGACGACGAAAUCAGCCUUGAGUUUAGGACGUUGCAGGAAGAGGUGCUCGGCUCAUUACGAAAAUACGUCGUGGAUGAGGUGGAGGAUGACGGUUCUGACUGGGAGGGCUCUUGCAUCUCAUCAGAUGCGCUCGAUGGCCAGCCCGACCUUGGAGUCCAGCAGAUUGGCGAGCUGGAUGACGCAAACGCAAUAUAG